AUGCUACCAUACACUGGAAGACGAAGACGACAACGUACUGUUACCAAUCUCGAAUCUCUACGUCGUGAUAUCGAAACAGACGUUCACCUUCGAGCAACGGAAGAUUUAUUGCAAAGUCUAGGGACAAAUGCGAUGCAUGGCCUAUCCACAACCAUUGCAUGCGAUCUUUUAGACAAGACUGGUCCAAAUGAACUGACGCCUCCAAGAAAGAUUUCUAAUGUAUUAAAAUUCUUACGUUUAUGUUUCGGAGGAUUUUCUUUAUUGAUAUGGAUAGGUGCUGUAUUAUGUUUUUGCAAUUAUCUUCUGGAAUAUGGCACUUACGGCGAAGCUUCUAAGGAACAUUUGGGGCUUGGCAUCGUGCUCGUUGGCUUAAUCUUAGUUACAGCGAUGUUCAGCCAUUAUCAGGAGUCGAAGAGUUCUCGAAUUAUAGAGUCGUUCCAGCAGAUGUUGCCGCAAAAGACGAAGGUCCUGAGGGACGGCGAAAAAAAGGUAUUGUCCGUAGCCGAAUUAGUUAUCGGGGACAUUGUCCUUUUGGAAACCGGUGACCGAGUACCCGCUGACAUUAGGAUCCUGGAAUGUCAAGGUAAAUUCGUAUCGCUGCAGUUGCAACCGUAA